CGCGAAUCAAACGGAAUCGGUGAAUCUUUCAACAGAACGGUUUAAUUAACGCAUCUCUCUCUCUCUCUCUCCACCGUAACAGUUUCUCUCUCUAACUGCAGUCAUGACGGCCACUGGAAGAAGAUCAAACGGUUCAUCAGUCCUAUGCCCUCCUCUCUCUUCUUCUUCCCAUCAUCAUCAUCAUCAUCAUCAUCAUCGCCAUCAAAGAUCGGCGUCUCCUUGCAACAUCAACCUCCGUUUAAAACGAUUCUCCCUCGGAAACAGCCCUAACCCCUCCGUCGCCGUCGUCUCGAACCAGAAGCGAAAGUGCUCGUGCUCUCCGACGACGCACCCCGGUUCGUUCCGCUGCGGUUUUCACCGCCGAUUGGAGAACGAGAGGAUCGAAACCCUAGCUUCGCUGAACAAGUCGAAGAGCGGUUCGGGAGCGUUGUAUCUGAGAAAACUGGCUUUGGUGAAUUCGCUGGCGAGGAUCGGGAGCGUGGAGGCGGAGCGGUUUCGGAGAUACUUGACGGAGAGUAUGGUUAAACCGUCGUUUCUUCUUAUCCGUCGUCGUUUCGAGUUCCGGCCAAGACUUAGCCGCUUCUGCGUAAUGCAUAAAGACCCGAAAGAUUAGAAUAUAAAUAGUAAUAUCGGAUUUGGCUUUUUUUUUUCUUUGUUUCUUGCGUGUGAAGGAACUAUGUUUUGGUGUUCCUUGGCUCGGUAUAUCGAAGUUUAUGUGUAAUGUGUACGUGAUGAUGAUGAUGAUGAUGAUGAUGAUGACAUCACUAGCUAGGACUCGUGUUCUUGAUUUGGUUUCUUAAUUUUUACAUUUGAAACUUUGU